CAGAUUCUGCCUGGCUUGUUCAUUGGCAACUUUAAAGAUGCCCGAGAUGUAGAGCAAUUGAGUAAGAAUAACAUUACGCACAUUCUUUCAAUCCAUGACAGUGCCCGCCCUAUGCUGGAGGGAGUGAAGUAUCUGUGCAUUCCAGCCGCUGACUCGCCCUCGCAGAACUUGGCAAGGCAUUUCAGAGAGAGCAUCAAAUUUAUCCAUGAGUGCCGGCUUACAGGUGAAGGCUGCCUAGUUCAUUGCCUUGCAGGUGUCUCCAGGAGUGUAACAUUGGUGGUUGCCUACAUCAUGACCAUCACAGACUUUGGUUGGGAAGACGCCCUGUCUGUUGUCCGCGCAGCGAGAUCCUGUGCCAAUCCUAACAUGGGCUUCCAGAGGCAGCUACAGGAAUUUGAAAAACAUGACGUUGAUCAGUUCAGGCAGUGGCUGAAAGAAGAAUAUGGAGAAAACUCUUCUCAGGAUCUUCAAGAAGCCAAAAAUCUUCUGAGCAAAUAUAAAGAGCAGGCAGAGUUGCAGCAAAAUACUGGAGGAAGACAGUGGAAUAACAACUUCUCAUCUGUGCCAUCUCUCUCAUACAGCAACUACACAACAGAGACCUAAUUGUAGGAGGUUCAUUUUUUUCUUUCUACUUUUGAAAAACAUCUUGCCAUAAUUUCCAUCCCAUCUUCAAGACUCUCAGCAGUAAUCAUGCAGUUGAUUUGUAGAAAGCUUCUUGAUGAAAAUACUACAUUGUGUGUGUGUGUGAGUGUGUUUCACACAGUUUUAUAAUUUGGGCAGGAUCAAGUGCUCUGUAUGCCCAGAGACCUGAUCCAGUUACUGUGGCUGAGCCAGUAUGUCAGCGGCCACAGCUAUUAUCCCCUUAUGCCCACGUUGCCUGGCAUUUGCUGUGAGGUUAGCUCAACUCCUUUCGUUGUAGGCUAGCAAAGGGCUCUGAGAGAUGAAGUCUGGUGAUCCAAGCUGUGGCAGUUUGACAUCUCUGCACUAUUAAUGUGGCAAAGAUGUUAUUGCACCUGAAGAAGGGAACUCAAGUGUGCGUCUCUGCUGCUCCUGUUCACAGUCCAUUGGCAAGUACUACCGUGGAGGUGGGCUUGAACUUGAAUGCUAGGCUGCAAACUGGAGCAGGUGAGAUGUGAGUACAUGUAUCUUUCUACCAACAGUAGCAUCUAGGAGAGAAGUGGGACAGACAGCUCUGAGUAAUAACAUCUUCAACUGCCACAGUUGUACUUGCUUCAGUGCACGUGAGACAGAGCAGUCGGUAGAACUGCCGC